AUGGUGUUCUUCACUCUACUUCCCCUUCUGCUCCUGAACUGCAUCGUGGCGAGAGAGUUGUUCAACCAUACCAUUGAUGAUACGCUCGGGGAUGAGCUGACUGGGUUCCAAGUAGACUAUAGUUCGGCCAGUCAACCUUCGAACGGGAGCGAACUCGUGUGGAAGAACGCCUCCCAUUGCAACGAUUGCCCCGUUGUGCUGGACCACUCAUUGGCGAUGAACGGCACAUGGACUGGGGUCACAUACUAUCCAUCUCUGGGAAAUACAACCGCUCGGCUUUCAUUCCGUGGCUCUGCGAUAUAUGUCUACCUCAUCAUCUCGAACUAUCCAAAGAGCACGGGAGUUGUGAGCGAUGCGAUAUGUGAUUUCCGAAUGGACGGAGAAGUCGUAGGAAGCUAUAGCCAUAAUUCUGACGGGACAUAUCAAUUUGAAUACGAUGUUCUGGCAUAUAGCAAUGCAUCUUUGAGCGACGAAUAUCAUACGUUGCUCAUAGAGACUACGGGGACGGAGCCGUCAUAUAUUGUUUUUGAUUAUGUGGUUUAUACGUACGUCCUUGGCAUGAUCACUCGAUUUCGUGCUCACUUCUUGAAGGAACACUCAGUCGUCUAUCCUGCUGCCAAGCUUGUCCACAAAACAAGGUUCAGUUAUUUCGAGUAA